AUGCUGUGGUUUGUCUAUAUAGGUCGCUGGUUACGCGAGAGAAAGCCUGUGGACUACGUUCAAGCUGUUCACGGAUUUACCCGUGACCCUUCCAGCGACGAAGACUACGUUGAUGACCCUGUUGCGACGACAGACGAUGUAGCGAAUGAAAACACCGACAUGGAGAGCCUCGAGGAAGAAGAGAACGACGAGGGUAUUGCUGACGCCACCGUGCCUGUGGAAAAUAACGACGCGGCUCCGGGCGAGAAAGACGUGAAUAUGGCGGAGAAUGACGUGGAUGUAGACGCCAAGAACGCGCCAGCAGCUGUGGCGGACCCGAGAAGUGGUGACGCAGCAUUGGGCACGAGAGAUGACAUUGGCACGACUACCGCCGCGACCAGCACGAGUGGAGUGACUGAGCAGUGCGUGGACGCGGGCAAGAAGGACGCGGGUGCCAGUGCUGCAACCACGGUGAAGGACGACGCGCCAGUGUCGGUGGCGGACGACGGCAACGAUAUUGCGGAUCCGGAAACGCGAGAUUCAAAUGUGGACGAAGGUGACGCGAAUGUGAAAGACGGUGACGCGGUUGUGGACUGGACUGUAGACGAAGCGGACGCGAAUGUGGAUGAGGGCGAUGUGGACGCGGAGGUGGACGCGAAUGUAAACGAGGGUCACGAUGAAAAAUGCGCUGGAUGA